GGUUGGUUUCCUUCUCUCCAUGUUGAUGUUUCGCCCGCGUUUCUUUUGAUAUACCUAGCGACCUGCGGUUAAGCCUGGUUCGAUACAGGCAUGUUUUGACGGUAUAGCCAACCAUGCCACAUCCGAGCGGCAACUCUUGCCAGUGGCACUGUAUUACUUAGUACAUUCAAUAUUGAUUAGGCGCUUAUAACUUCUUUAUGUUCUCCGUAGCCAUCAACUAUCGAUUGGGUACUCGAAGUACUGUUUGAAGACUCUUAGAAAGACUCCUGAGGCUCUAUUCGUCCUGCUAGGCUUGCCGAUUUUUUUGGGGGUGAGCUCAAGGAUCAUUCUGCUAGGAGACAGGCCUUGCUCACUUGGUAACCUCCGACGCCACCCAGGCCCACCAUGUCUCGUCGCAUCCCAGAUGAACUAUUGCAGCAGAUCUUGCGAGAAUUACUUUCUGUUCCAAUUGAAGAAUUCUGCUCAUAUGAGGACAAAUUUUCCUUUGUAACCAGCCCACACUCAACAGCAUCUGAUGUGUUACUGGUGGCAAAGCGUUGGUGGCAAGUUGGUACCCCGCUACUUUUCGAAACUGUGACCUUGCGAACUGCUGCACAAGUCAAGGCUUUUGCGGCUACAUUCAAGAAGGACCCAUCGCUUGGGAGACACGUUCGCAAGCUUAGACUGGAGAGUGGCUUUGGCCUUCAGCUGGCCAUGAAAACUAUUGUUUCUGCAUGUGGUUCAAGCAUUCAAGUCUUAUAUCUGUACGUUGGGGUACUCGCAGGAGAUAAUGUGGACGGACUCCUCCAUCUGUUACCCUCCAUCAAUCCGAAUCAGAUUGUGUUGUUUGGUGAUGGACGCUCGAACUGCAAAGCUGCUGUCAAACUUGACCAGACUCUUGGAAGCUGUAUUUCAACUUGGUCAAAUCUGAUCUCCGUCCAUUUCCGCGACUAUGAUCCGUUUUACCUUCGUUCAGGUGUUAUGUCGUCGUUGGGGAAGUCAAAAUCGCUAAGAAACAUAUCUUUGAAAACUCCGAAACGUUGGUCUCAUUUCGCCUCGGUCAUUGAGAAUAUCGACAAAUUUGCAUCUCAGUCAAAGAGCCUGGUUUCUAUCUGUUUCAGAGGGGAACUCGAUGGGUCAAGGUAUCAAGGAAUGAACUUCAAUGUCCCUGUGUCUGUUAAGACAUUGGAUUUACUACAAGUUGAUCAGAUCCCAGAUACACCCCCUUUUCCAGAAGGUAUUGCUGAUGCGCUUCCAGACUCGGUGCUAUCUCGAAUCCUCGCUUUUGCAACUCAUUUGCAACAUCCUGACGAUCUAAAUUUCAACUCGGAAUUGUGGCAGGCCUCCAUCAAGAACAAAGUCAACGUCACUCGUACGUCGCUGUGUCUUGUUUCUAAGAAGUUCAAGACACUCGCGCAACCUUUCCUUCUCGAUAAGCCUAUUUUUCGAUCCCCAUCGUCGGUUGAGAAGUACUGUGGGCUCCUUCAAUCAAACCCCCAAUUCUCUAGACGAAUGCGAGUCUUCCAUGCGCCACACGUACUAUCGACGGCGACUAUAAUACCUGUGUUAUCCUCAUUGAAUCUCGAGCAUAUAAAGGCUUGCAUUUCAGCACCUGUCAGAAAAGGUCAACAGGCACAACUGCCAGCGGAUGCCUGGGAGUCGUUUCAGAACGUACGUUCUCUGGAGCUUAGUUGCUAUGAUUCGGAGGGGCACAAGGAAGUCGAACUGAUGGUCAAACCCGUCCUAUCAUCGUUCCCGCGAUUGCGCAGGCUGGGUACCAGAAACUUCGGAGCUCAGGCAUUCGACGUCUUUGCAAUCACAGACUUGCCUUGCUUGGAGGAAGUGCAUCUUGAUCUUCACUACAUUACCUAUGAAAGGAACGCGGCGGAAGAGGCUAUGCGGUUUCUUUACUUUCGGGGCCGUACUAUCAAGACCGCCCAGCUGGAUGGAAGUCGUUCCUCACCAGCUCUCCAAUAUGGUUCGAAAAGCAUCCUUGAUCUGCUUCCGAAUCUGGAGACGUUGAAGUGCGCUUAUGGUGUACCUCAGUUGGACAGACUGAUGUCUGAGGAUGGAUGCUGCCCAUCAUUGAGAUGUAUUAUCCUCACGGAAUGCCAUUUCGUGCGACCUGCAGCUAAGAAACCAGACCUGCAAUGGGACUCGUUUGUAUCAAACCUCCGACGAACCAACUUCCCCGCUUUAGAGGAAGUUCAUGUUGAUGUGGAGUGGCCGUCGACUGAGCAUUUAGCGAAGCGAACUUUCUGGCUACACCGCAUGCAGACUCUGAAAGCACUUGGUAUCGGUCUAUUCGACCUUGAAGGAAUUCGAUGGGAUAGAGACAUUUCUCAGUGAUGUUAAAUACUUUGAGUGCUCGCAAUAAAUAAUGAAACGAAACGCUUCUACCAUAUCGUA